GGGCGGUGCUCUUCGCGGGGGCAGAGGGCGUUGCGGAGGGUUGCGGCCGGGGCGCGGAGGCCCGGAAGCGCUGUGGGCUCGGGGCGCCCCUUUCCCCGCCGGCCCAGGAGCGGACGGACACAGACGGUCCCGACCCUCCGAGGACAGACCACCACCACCAGCACCACCUCCUCCUCCACCUCCUCCUCCUCCUCCUCCUCCUCCUCCUCCCCUUCUUCCUCCUCCUCCUUCUCCCCUCCCGCCGCCGCCAUGCCGAAGCAUGAAUUCUCUGUGGACAUGACGUGCGAAGGCUGCUCUAACGCGGUCACUCGGGUCCUCAAUAAGCUUGGAGGGGUCCAGUUCGAUAUCGACUUGCCCAACAAGAAGGUGUCUGUUGACUCGGAGCAUAGUGUGGAAACACUCCUGGAGACACUGAAGAAGACCGGGAAGACCACCACCUACCUGGGAACCAAGUAGCCAUGGCCAGGCUGAUGGGCUGGGCCCCAAUCCUGGCCGGCAGAAUGGACCAAGGAGCCUCAACAUGGCUUCAGUGAGAAGAUGGCCUUAUUUACACGUCUCCGGAAGACCCACUGUCGGUGACCUCAGCACUCCUGCUUCACGUGGGAAGAAGAGGUGGAAGGGAAAUACUGAACCAAAAUCACCUGCUUGUUGCAAGCACCUGUGUGUUCUCCCCCUGGCAGACAAUAAAAUGGAGCGAUUUCUGGCUGGAAAA